AUGGAUGGAUUUUAUGACCAGCAAGUGCCUUACAUGGUCACCAACAAUCCGCGUGGGAGAAACUGUAAUGAGAGACCGACAAAUGUCAGGAAAAGAAAAUUCAUUAACAGAGACCUGGCUCAUGAUUCAGAAGAACUCUUUCAAGAUCUGAGCCAAUUACAGGAGACAUGGCUUGCAGAAGCUCAGGUACCUGACAAUGACGAGCAGUUUGUGCCAGACUAUCAGGCUGAAAGUUUGGCUUUCCAUGGUCUCCCUGUGAAAAUCAAGAAAGAACCCCAUAGCCCAUGUUCAGAACUUGGCUCCACUUGCAGCCAAGAGCAACCAUUCAAGUUCAGUUAUGGGGAAAAGUGCCUGUACAAUGUCAGUGCCUAUGAUCAGAAGCCACAAGUGGGAAUGAGGCCCUCCAACCCACCGACACCAUCCAGCACUCCUGUGUCACCACUGCACCAUGCCUCCCCAAACUCAGCUAAGACUCCUAAACCUGACCGGGUUUUCCCUGCCCAUCUCCCUCCAUCCCAGUCUAUUCAAGACAACAGUUUCCCUAUGGACCACAGAUUUCGCCGCCAGCUCUCCGAACCUUGCAAUUCUUUCCCACCUUUGCCUGCAAUGCCAAGGGAAGGACGUCCAAUAUAUCAGCGCCAGAUGUCUGAGCCAAACAUCCCUUUCCCGCCUCAAGGUUUUAAGCAGGAGUAUCAUGAUCCAGUUUAUGAACACAACGCUAUGGUUGGCAGUGCAGCCAGUCAGAAUUUUCCCCCUCCUCUGAUGAUUAAACAGGAACCUAGAGAUUUUGCAUAUGAUUCAGAAGUGCCUAGCUGCCAUUCCAUUUACAUGAGGCAAGAAGGCUUCCUGGCUCACCCAAACAGAACAGAAGGCUGUAUGUAUGAAAAGGGACCUAGGCAGUUUUAUGAUGACACUUGCGUUGUUCCAGAGAAGUUUGACGGUGAUGUCAAACAGGAGCCGGGCAUGUACCGUGAGGGACCCACAUAUCAGCGGCGAGGCUCGCUUCAGCUGUGGCAGUUCUUGGUAGCUCUUCUUGAUGACCCAUCAAACUCUCACUUCAUAGCAUGGACUGGCCGAGGCAUGGAAUUCAAGUUGAUUGAGCCAGAGGAGGUGGCACGUCGCUGGGGGAUUCAGAAAAAUAGGCCAGCUAUGAACUAUGAUAAACUUAGCCGAUCACUUCGCUAUUAUUAUGAAAAGGGAAUCAUGCAAAAGGUGGCUGGAGAAAGAUAUGUCUACAAGUUUGUUUGCGACCCUGAAGCGCUUUUCUCCAUGGCUUUUCCAGACAACCAGCGCCCCUUGCUGAAGACGGACAUAGAGCGCCACAUCAAUGAGGAGGACACUGUGCCUCUGUCCCACUUUGACGAGAGCAUGGUCUACAUGCAGGACAGUGGCUGCUGUAACACCCACCCUUACAACGAAGGCUAUGUCUAUUAACAAGUGACAGUGAAGGGGAUGUUUUCCCCCUCCCUUAUGCUUCUCCUCUUUCACAAGACCCAGAGGAAAGCUGGAUCGACUUCAGUUUGUUUUUUAAAUAGUACACUAAAGGGGCUUUUCUUGUUGCAUUACUCCUAUGGUCUGCCAUGGACAGCGCACUUUAUUUGAAAGGGGAGGGUUAGGACCUAAAUGUUAUUCUGUGUAACAGGAGGAAAAGGGUGGGUUUGCUUUUUACUUAAGUUCGGGAAGGGAACGUACAGGUUUUAAGUACAAAAAAGCUAUCUCAUGUCUGUUUUGUUUCAUAUCAGUAUAAGAUAUUGUACACUUUCUCUGGGUGUCCAUAGUACAGUUAAUUCUCAUUGUGCAAAAUAACCACUUGAUGAUGGUAUCAGCACAGCAUGCCUAGGGCAUUUGUUUCAUGCCAUUCUCAAUUGUCUUUCUGCAGUUAUGAAAGAGAAGCAAAGUGUGUACCACAGCAUUUAAUUUAGAAGCUUGCAGUGGUAGACCUUGCACUUUGCCUCUGAAAACAACCAGGUAUUGAGAGAGGUUUUCCUUUUAAUUUUUUUUUUUCUUUUUUUUUUUUUUUUGGAAUGGCCUCAAAAAGAAUCCCGUUUAAUGACAGAGCUGCCAUAAUAAGUACAGUGACUAAGCAGCAAAAUCCCUGGCUUCAGACUGCAAACUACAUGCUGUAUCCAGUGCCACAUUCCUAUACAUACAUGGCCCAUGCUAUGGCUUAGACCUUUCAAGAUCCAUCUGAGGGUAGCAAUUACAUGUGGUGGGCUUUCUGAUGAUCAUGUCAGAAUUAAAUACAAGUUCAUGAUCAGGAGGGAGAAAACAUUUUGUAUCCCUCCAUUUCCUUUGGUACAUAAAUAAGUUAUUUAAUCAAUAGGAAUUAACUGUACUAAGUCACAUAUCUAAUUAUGCUGUUUAGACACAGCAAGCACUCCUUGAGAAAAAUAUCCAAUACACUAAAUAGGUACUUUAGUAAUUUUUAGACACGGUACCCAUUAAUAUGCAUUUAAACCUUUUACUGCUGUGUUAUGUUGAUAACAUAUAUAAAUACUAGAUAAUGCUAAUGCUUCUGCUGCUGUCUUUUUCUGUAAUACUCUCUUUGAUGCUGAAUUUACUAUGACCAUUUAUAAGCAAUGCUGUAAUUACAGGUAGCAUUUCAGGACAAAAUAGAUGACUUGAACCAUUUAUUGCUUAGAAAAUAGCUUACGCCAUAGCUGUGCUAUAAGCAGCUUUUAUGCGCAUCCACAAAUGACUAGUAAGCUUCAGCUUGCUAAGGAAAGCUCUGCAGAACCUUUUGUAAUUUUCGGUGGAACGGAGACUUAGAGGAACUGUCAAAGUAAACCAUGAAGUCACUGUAUGACGUUGUAGUGCUGGCACUGAUGUUACCAAUCAACUGUUUUGGACACUAAAUGUAAAUGUGAUCAGAUAUGCUCAGAAGACAAUUUAAAUUUCGAGGGUUU